AUGUCGCAACAGCCACGUACAGCGACUCGUGCAGCCAACACAGCCCUAACAUCAGGACCCUCGACAAUCUUACAAACCAACUCACAACAACCCUCAGCAACCCUCCGCCUCCGAGGUGACGAUCGAGAAAGCGCCACACCCGAACCUCCGCCUCGCGUAAGAUGGGCAGAGGAUGUAGUCGACAACGAAGGCAUGGGCAAGAAAAGCAGCAAAGUCUGCUGUAUCUAUCACAAACCCAAGGAACCCGGCGAUAGCGAGUCCGAGGACGAUUCCAGCUCGAGUAGUGAUAAUGAUAGCGAGCUGGACUUGAGUCGGGCGCGGAAAGCUGGAGCGGGCAAGGGUAGGGGUAAGGAUGGCAAGGGACAUGAGUGUGGGCAUGGUGCGGAUAGUGGGAAAGGCAAGGGUGUUGAGAGGAAGCCGGGCCCGAAUGCGUAUGAGAGGCAGCCGAAGCAUCAGCAUAAGAAGGCUGGAUGA